AUGAAUUUAAUUUGUGUUUUCAUAGUAAUUCUUUUCAUAUCCUUUACCCUUACCAAAGGUGCACCAGUUAAUAAAACUUCAUUUGAUAAAUUUAUCGUAUUUGGAGAUUCGAUUUCGGAUGUAAAGAAUUAUUAUAAAGCAUCAAAUGAAUUAUUUCCAAGCGGUGGUUAUUAUGACGGACGAUUUUCAGAUGGUCUAUUAUGGUGCGAUUGGUUUACCAAAUCAAUAAAUGCAACCAUGGAAAAUUAUGCCUUUGGUGGUGCGGGUGUUGAUCAAAUAAUAUCUACAAACUUUUAUCUCGUAAUACCAGGAAUUAAACAGCAGGUUGAUUCAUAUCUCGCUAAUGCCAAUAAAAGUGACGAUUAUACUAAUACUUUGUUCUCUCUUUGGCCAGCCGGAAAUGACUAUCUUUCUUUAGAUUUUAAAUUAAAUCCCGAAAUAAUAGUGAAUUCAUUAUCCAGCUCAAUACAAAGGUUAAUUACAACCGUGGGAGCGCGUUAUUUUUUGAUAAUGAAUAUGUCUGACGUGAGAAAAUCACCUAGAUUUAAUUCAAAAUCAGACGAAACAAAGGAACUAAUAAAUUCAAUCGUACUCCGACACAAUGAAUUACUCUCCUCAAUGGUUACCAACUUAUCAAAAGAUUAUAAUAUACAAAUCUAUUUUAUUAAUGCUUUCGAAAUAUUCGAUCGAGCCAUGACUAAAGAAGGAGAAAGUUUAUUAGGUAUAACUAAUAUUGUUGAUGCUUGCCAAUCUUUACCCGUCAUUUCUCUUCCAAUUUGUGAUAAAUAUUUCUGGUUUGAUAAUGUACAUCCUACCAGGGUUGUUCAUAAAGCUUUCGCCGACGAGAUUGUUAAUCAACUUUUGAAAUAG